AUGUUUUUGGUCAAUCUCACUUGGGCUGCUGUCCACGUGUGCCGUGAUAAUCGCCGGAGAAGCAUAGAUGAUGACGACGGCGAUUACAAAGACGGUGAAGAUUGGUUGGACUCGAACAGUGGAAGAUUGCCGCCGCACAAGUUUAUGACGAAGACGAGAAUGGCGUCGUUGUGCAGGUUUCUUCGGGAGGAAGAAGAGAUCUCAGAAGGGCCAAAAUGCAAUUUUGAGAAAAUUGAGUUCUAA